AUGAACGAAGAUAACUUAUUAAGGAAUCAAAAUACCAUCACAGACAGGAAAAAAAGCAUUGAAGGACCGGAGAUGUCCAACCGAAAACAAAUACAACCUAAUAUUAGAGAAGAGAGGAAAUCAGGCCAAUACAGAAGAAGAGACUACUACACAAGCAAUGAAGAAGAGAAUUAUUCAAGGAACAGAGAUGAUUUUUCCAAUCGAGAUGUUGUUCGAACUCAUUAUAAUGCACGACCUGAUAUGGGUACAAGGAAGCGACAGUUUUCCCCUAUUAUCCAGUUAAAGCGUUUCAAUAAUUGGAUCAAGUCUGUACUUAUUCAAAAAUUCACCCCAAAGGUGGAUGAUAAGCCGUUACUCGUGCUCGAUUUAGGCUGUGGGAAAGGCGGUGACUUAAUUAAAUGGGAUAAAGCUGGUAUCGAAGGAUACAUAGGUAUUGAUAUCGCUGAGAAUUCAAUCGACCAGGCGAAAAGACGGUACCGUGAACUUCAGCCAUGCUUUGAUGCUCUAUUUUAUGCAGGAGAUUGUUUUUCUCGCUCCAUUGGCGAGUUUCUACCUCCAGAUCAACGACAGUUUGAUAUAGUGUCUCUACAGUUUUGUUUGCAUUAUGCUUUUGAAAGUGAACAGAAGGCUAGAAUACUUUUGGAAAAUGUCUCGAAAUGUUUGCCUCGCGGUGGUAUUAUGCUUGGUACAAUUCCAAACUCGGAUAUAAUUUCUCAACGCUUGAAAGAGUUACCCCCUUCUGCGGAUUCUUGGGGGAAUGGUAUCUACAAAGUACGUUUUACACAGCGACCGUCUCACACCUUCCGCCCUCCUUUUGGUAUUCAAUAUUUUUUUUAUUUAGAAGAUGCCGUAACCGAUGUUCCUGAAUACGUUGUUCCGUUUGAGGCAUUUCGUGCAAUCGCAGAGACGUACGAUUUAGAAUUGUUAUGGCAAAAACCGUUUGUGGACAUCUUCAAUGAGGAAAAAAAUUCGGAAACAUUUGGUAAUUUGAUGGAUCGCAUGAAGGUAGUUGACAGUAAUGGAAAGAGAGGAAUUGAUCCCAAAGAGCUAGAAGCUGCCAGCUUUUACUUGGCGUUUGCUUUCGAAAAACGAGGGAUCUGA